AUGCGGACUUCAUCACUGCUCGCGGCCGGGGCUAUCCUCGGUCUCGCAAGUGCCCUCGACAAUGGACUGGCGCUUGCGCCGCAGAUGGGCUGGAACACAUGGAACUCCUUCGCCUGCAGCAUGAACGAGACCGUCAUCCUUGAAGCAGCUGAACGCAUCGUCUCGCUCGGCUUCAAGGAUCUAGGCUACGAAUACGUCGUACUAGAUGACUGCUGGUCUGCAGGCCGCAACGCAACGGGAUACCUUGUGCCCGAUCCACAGAAAUUCCCAAAUGGUAUCGCCGAUGUCGCGGAUAAGAUUCACGCCAUGGGCCUUAAAAUCGGCAUCUACUCCAGCGCGGGAACUAUGACCUGCGCGCGCUACUCAGGAUCGCUGGGAUAUGAGGAGAAAGAUGCUGCGGUGUGGGCGAGCUGGGGGGUUGAUUACCUCAAAUAUGACAACUGCUACAACGAAGGGGAGGAGGGAACACCCAAACUCUCCUUUGACCGCUACAAUGUCAUGGGCAAGGCACUCAAUGCCACUGGCAGACCUAUUCUCUACUCGAUGUGCAACUGGGGCGUCGACGGGCCGUGGAACUUUGCUACCACGAUCGCCAAUUCGUGGCGCACGAGCGGCGACCUGAUCAACGUCUGGGACCGCGCGGAUGUCAAUUGUCCUUGCUCCGAGCUUGAUGGCAUCGACUGCAAGUUGCCUGGGUAUCACUGUUCGGUUAUGAAUGUGCUCAACAAGGCUGUUUAUUACCCAUCCAAGGCGUACUCCGGCGCAUGGAAUGAUCUCGACAUGCUCGAGGUCGGAAACGGCGGUCUAACCGACGACGAAGCAAUCUCCCACUUCAGUCUAUGGGCAGCGCUGAAAUCUCCUCUGCUCAUGACAAACGUCAUGAGUAAGAUCGACUCCGCCACGCUCUCGAUCCUACAGAACACGGCCGUGCUCGCCGUCUCACAGGAUCCAGAGGCAUCGAGCGCUGUUCGGAUCUGGCGGUACUACGUUAACGGCGGUGAGAUCCAGAUGUACAGCGGUCCGCUGAGCGGCGGUGAUCAGGUGGUUGUCCUGCUGAACAGCAGUCCCACGCCGCGAGACAUGAACGCUACGCUCACGGAUAUCUUCUGGGAUGAUGGGGCUGAGGGCACGGCGAGCCAGGUGCAGAGUGCGUGGGAUGUGUAUGAUCUGUGGGCUGGACGGAUGAGUAACGGCACCGCGGAGGGGAUUAUUCGGGGUGGAAGUAAUGCGUCGAGGCCUAUUGAUAUGGCCAAGCUUGGGGGUGCGAAGAAGGUUUACUCGCAGGUGCCGUUGCCGGCGACCAAGGCGUUGAUGGGGGAGAAGGUUGGAACAGUGAAGGCCGGGGGCACGGUGAAGGCUCAUGUGCAACCGCAUGGCGUGGCCAUGUUGCGGUUGAGGGAAGUGAAAACAAACGAUGAGCUGUGA